UGUGCUCAUUAGAAGUUAGAUCAUCACACUGUACAGUAUUUAAACAGACCUGCGAUCGAACAAUCAACUACUUCCAUCAGCUCCUCCGCCAGUACAGCUCCUAUCAACGAUGCAGCUCCUUGUCGGUCUAUUUGCAGUCUGCCUACCAGCGCUAGUGCUGUCGGAUGUAAUCACUGUGCAGAAGUGCACCGACGGAACGCUACCCACCGCAGUGGAUGUGCCCGGAUGUCAGUCAACACCGUGCGAUCUCCCGAAAGGACAAGAUGCUAAGGUGCUGGUGGACUUUACGGCCAGCAAACAGCUGACGGUCCUGCGUCCGGAAGUGCGUGCCAGCUUUGGUGGAUUGACGAUUCCCUUUGUACUGCCGAACGAUCGUCAAGAUGCGUGCAAGUGGCUAAUCGGUGCCGAGUGCCCACUGUCACCGCAGGAGGACGUUACGUACGUGCUGCAGCUACCGGUGCUGAGUAGCUACCCGUCGCUCAGCCUCACCGUGGAGCUGAAGCUGCUCGAUCAGAACAACGACAUUGUGACGUGCUUUCAGCUGGCGGCCAACGUGGUCUGAAGUGUACCAAUAAAUCUCGCACAACGAAACAAGUUAUA